AACUACUCCAUGUGAUCAUGUGAUGUAUUUGUAUCAUGUUGCAAAUGCCAAACUGUACCUUAGCCUUUCUUUUCAAUGGUCUUCAUUCUUCAACUGCUUUUCUCGGCUCACAUUACUAUAGGUAGGCGGUAGCUCUUCGGUGUACUUAUUAUUAUAUGAUCGCCAUUACUCAUAUAAGUAUUUCUCUCUUUAUUUUUCAGUUAUUCGAUCUUACUCAAUUAACAAAAACAAACCAACAAAACAUUUGAUCAGUUUAAUACUACUAAAAAAUCACCUUAUCCAAGCUAAGGCAAACUAACCUAGUAUGGAUCAGCUUAAACCAAAACCAGCAAAUUCCAUGCCACUCACUCCGUUAACAUUGUUAGAACGAGCUGCGAUUGUAUACGGCGAGUGUCCCUCUAUAGUAUACAAGGCGAUCACGUAUACAUGGGCGGACACUCACCGUCGAUGCCUUCAGAUCGCUUCUUCCCUCACUUCUCUUGGCAUUGUACGCGGCGACGUGGUGUCCGUUGUAGCACCGAAUGUCCCCGCUGCGUACGAGCUACAUUUCGCGGCCCCAAUGUCUGGGGCUGUUCUUAACAACAUCAACAUUCGCCUUGACCCUAGGACGAUCUCGAUCCUCCUUCGUCAUAGCGAGUCGAAACUCGUGUUUGUGUACUACCGAUUAUCAUCUCUUGUGUUGCAGGCUAUUUCUUUGCUCCCUGCUGAUUACCCUCGACCCAUUCUGGUGCUCAUUACUGAUAAUGAAUAUGAUUAUGAUCAUAUUACACCAAGUGAGUUUCUUAAAGCUUUGGCACCCCCUGAACUUGCACUUGCUGAUAAUAACACUAAACCAAGUGAUGAGUUUCUUACUACUUAUGAAGAGAUGGUUGAAUCUGGGGAUCCGGGAUAUAGGUGGAUCCGACCCGAAUGUGAGUGGGAUCCGAUUGUGUUAAAUUACACCUCUGGAACGACGUCGUCACCUAAAGGAGUGGUGCAUUGUCACCGUGGCUCCUACAUAACCACCAUGGACGCGCUCACUGAUUGGUCCGUCCCUAAACAACCCGUUUACCUGUGGACCCUACCGAUGUUUCACUCCAACGGUUGGAGCUUCACUUGGGGUAUGGCUGCCGUCGGCGGCACAAAUGUAUGCCUUAAAAAAUUCGAUGGCGCCACCAUACACGCCGCGAUCCGCGCGCACAAUGUGACCCACAUGUGUGCAGCACCAGUAGUGCUCAGCAUGCUCACCACCCUCACCUCUGACCCGGGCCCGCUCUCCUGGCCCGUUCACAUUCUCACUGGCGGGUCACCACCGCCAGCACCCAUCCUCAUUCGGGCCGAGGCCCUGGGAUUCAUUGUCGGGCAUGGGUACGGGCUCACAGAGACAGGAGGGGUGAUGGUUUCCUGUGCUUGGAAACGACAAUGGAAUGAUCUCCCUUCAUUAGAGCGGGCCCGGCUAAGGGCCCGCCAGGGAGUUCGAACCAUUGCCUUGACAGAUAUUAACAUUAUCAACCCGAACACUGGCCAGCCAGUAAAUCGAGACGGAAAAUCUGUUGGAGAGAUAGUUCUCCGAGGUGCGUCCAUCAUGUUAGGGUACCUCAAAGACCCAGAAGGGACUUCCAAAUGCAUGGGAGAAGAUGGGUGGUUUAGAACGGGUGAUCUAGGUGUAAUGCACUCAGAUGGAUAUUUAGAGAUUAAAGAUCGUUCAAAAGAUAUAAUUAUUAGUGGGGGAGAAAACAUUAGUAGUGUUGAGGUUGAGAAUGUGUUAUAUACUUAUCCGGCCGUCAGCGAGGUGGCGGUUGUGGCCAAGAACGACGAGUAUUGGGGGGAGACGCCGUGCGCAUUCAUAAGUUUGAGGAAGGGUUUGAAGGAGAAACCUACGGAGCGAGACAUAUUUGAGUAUUGUAGGGCCAAAAUGCCACAUUAUAUGGUGCCUAAAAGGGUGGUGUUUAAAGAGGACCUUCCUAAGACUUCUACUGGGAAGAUUCAGAAGUACUUGCUAAGGGACAUGGCUAAUUCUUUGGGUAUGGAUAAAAAUAGACGUGUUACCUCAUCCUUUCCAAGUCGUUUAUAGAUGGAUGCUUAUAUUAUCAGGUUAUGCAUUAUUGUAAUCUGUAAAAUGAUUUUUAUAGUUUUACUUGUGAUUGAUUUUCACUCUUUGUAAUUUCUUUUAUUUCUAUUUCACUUUGAAUUUUUUUCAAUAA